AUGAGCUGGAUAGCGAGAAAAUCUAACAUUCAGGGGGACAUCUGGCCCGGUUUACCCAAAAGAUUUCAAACAUUCCUUUUCUUCAAGAUCAAAAAGCCAGAUGAAUUCAAGGUACGACUUAGGUCGUUUGUGGAAAAUGGCGGAAUCACGAGUGCGAAGGACGCAUGUGAUAUGAAAACCAAGAUUCUAGCAGCAAAAAUUCAAGCUGCUCGACAGCCAGGCGGAUCACACAAAAUUCAGUCCCUGCCCGGUGUCAACAUUGCCUUUGCAUCAACGGGCCUAGCAUCUCUGGGGAAGUUUACCUUCAAAGAGGAUCUCGUCAAAAAGGAUAGAGUAUUGAACAAAAUCUUUCGGAAGAAUCAGCUUAGGGGUGGCUUAUUUGGGAAGGGCAUGUACGAUGACCUGGUAAACGAGGGCUGGGAUAACCCACAAGAGAUUCGAAAACAAUACAAGCCAUCUCCGACGCGUUCGAUUGAUGGAGUAUUCUUGGUCACAGCGAGUCUGGAGGAUGAUUUGCUUAACCAGGUCAAUCGUGUCAAGGAACACUUUCUCAAGGAACACUUUCUCGAGGAGCCUAGUAGUGGUGAUGCCAAGGAGCCUGGUAGUGGUGAUGCCGAAACCUAUCAGAUCAGCAAAGAUCCAGCACUUGAAUUUUCUUUUAUCAAGCAAGGAAAAACUCGCCCGGAGAAGGGCAAAGAGCAUUUCGGCUUCGAGGAUGGAAUCAGCCAACCGCUAAUUGACGGCCUAGAUGAGAUAGCAGCCAAGGAUAAGGAGCCUGUGGCGGUGAAGUCAGGGUUAAUUUUUGCUAAACACGAGGGUGAUGACAUGAAGCAACCCGACUGGGCGGAGGACGGGAGCUUUCUCGUCUUUCGGGAUCUCCAGCAACUUGUUCCUGAAUUUGACAAGUGGUUAGAAGAUAACAAACUCAGUGCGCCGCACGCUGCGACCUCUGAUAACCCGAAAGAAAAACUGGCGGCAUACUUGAUGGGUCGAUGGAAGAAUGGAACCCCCGUUGAUGAGAAUCCUCACGACGACAAGGAUAAGACACUCCUUCGCUCUAACAAUUUCGACUUUCACCCUGUCGAAAAACAUGACAAAUGUCCCUUUGCGGCUCACAUCCGCAAGAUGCGACCACGUGGAGAUUUGAAUCAUGAUCACGCGGUCAUCAUCCGCCGCGGCAUUUCUUAUGGAGAAGAAGUAUCACCCAAAGAAAAGGCUGCGAACAAAUCCGAUGACAAAAAGGAGCGUGGUCUCCUGUUCGUUUGUUAUCAGAGUGAUAUCCGCAAUGGAUUUAAUUUCUUGACCACUCGCUGGGCAAGCAACAAUCACUUCCCAGAUCGCAAGGUUGAUUUUGUCGGUGAACAUGGUCCUGGUAUUGAUGCUAUCGUGGGCCAGCGACUCGAUCACCAUCCCCCUCGUUCUAUCGGUCUACCAGAUGGUAAAGAACCUACGGAGGCACGUGUCGCGCUUGAACGAUGGGUGGUUCAGAGAGGUGGUGAAUACUUUUUCUCGCCCGGUAUUAAUGCGCUUAAGGGGUAUUUGACCGAUGCCUCUGAUUAUCCACCUGCGCUUACAGGUCCUUGA